UGGGUGAUUAGUAUCAAGCCAACUAAAAUCUUAAAUAUUUACAAUGGGCAAUGAAAAAAGUAGCCUUUCAAUUAUCCUUCUCUUGUUUUUUCUUACCUUGAUUUCUAGUACAUAUGGUGGAGACAUUGUAAUUUAUUGGGGUCAAAACGAGGAUGAAGGUUCAUUGACCGAAACAUGUAACACAGGACUAUAUAAUAUUGUAAACAUAGCAUUUUUAUCAACAUUUGGCAAUGGUCGUACACCUCGACUCAAUCUAGCUGGUCAUUGUGACCCAAAAUUAUACAAUGGUUGCAAAAGUGUUGGCACCGACAUAAAAAAUUGUCAUAAGAAAGGUAUCAAAAUUAUGAUAUCAAUUGGUGGUGGUAUUGGUCGUUACUCUUUAUCAUCUAGAACAGAUGCUAUAAAUGUGGCUGAUUACAUAUGGAACAAUUUCUUAGGAGGGAAAUCAUCAAAAUCAAGACCAUUUGGUGAUGUUGUUUUGGAUGGUGUAGAUUUUGACAUUGAACAUGGUGGUGGUGGAAGUUUUUAUGGUGAAAUUGCUAAGAGAAUUUCUCAACAAAGUGGGCUGAAAAAAGUAUACUUAACAGCAGCACCACAAUGUCCUUUUCCUGAUGAACAUUUAAAAGGGGCAUUAUCAACUGGGCUAUUUGAUUAUGUUUGGGUUCAAUUUUACAAUAAUGGGCGUUGUCAAUUUAAUUCUAAGAACAUAAACAAAUUCCAAAAUUCAUGGAAUGAGUGGGUUACCUCUAUUAAGGUGAGUAAGGUUUAUGUUGGUGUUCCUGCUUCAACAUCAGCUGCUGGUAGUGGUUAUGUGCCACCACGUGUGUUUAUAAGUCAAGUGUUGAAUUUUGUUAAGAAAUCAAAUAAGUAUGGAGGAGUGAUGCUUUGGGAUAGGUUUGCUGAUGAUAAAAAUGGAUAUGCUAGCAAAAUUGAGGCCUCUGUUUAAGAUUUUCUUAACUAUGUUUAAUUUGUGGGUGUGAUUAAUAAAUGCAAGUAUAAUGAGCUUGGAAUGUGGAGUCAAGAAAAUAAACUUUUGUUUUCCAAUUAUUGAAUAUUGAUAUUUGUGA